AAGCUUUCCUUCGUCCUGUGCUUUCCUGUCUGUCCUUCUGAGCGGAUGGACCAAGCGUAACUCUCACAGCUAGUACGUUGUUGAACCAAGUGUUUGCUACCGAGUGAAUCGGUAUGUCGGUGGAAGACCUGGAGAUGGAGGUUGACGAAAUAUCCUCGGCGGACUCGGAGGUUCCUCAGACACCUCCGGACCGGCAAGAGCAUAAUUCUGCUGAAGAGCCACGUAGCCUGGUUGAUACUAAUAAAUCAUCGCAUCAGAACGGUAGAGCUCGCCCGUCAACACCUGUUACCCCAUCCGGGCGCAAGAGAAAGCGUCGAAACGCCACCAGCGAGGAAGAGGACAGUACCCCCACCAGCAAACGAGGUCGGAGAAAAAAUGAUAGUGAAAACGGUGCCGCCGAUUCACCGGGACGCAGAUCAAUACGGAAGAGUGGCGCGACUGCAGGGAGAAGGAUUCGGGACGCCUUCUCAUUGUCGGACGAGUUUGUGGAGGGUGACGAGGAGGACAUGGAGUCAAUGGAUAUGGACGAAAUGAAGGAAAACCAGAAUGAUCUUUCAGAUAACAAUUUUACUGCCAACGGACUGGAUAAAGAUGAGGAACUUAGAGAUGAGGAAUUUGAAAACAGACGAGGCACUCGCGUGAAGGCUCUAGCGGAAGCGGAAGGGACCCCAUCGCGGAGGGGGCGCCGACCGUCUGCUGUAACUUCGGCAGCGAGAGUGAAGGCAGCCAAAGGAGCCCAGGAGGAAACGUCCGAUACGCGAGAUAUACUAGGAGUUAAGAAUGUUGAAGAUGAGGAUCCAGAAUCGGAGUGUGAUGAGAAAGGAGAGCUUAAAAUCACAAAGGACGGAGAGCUACUGGGAGGCCGAGAUUUCAGAAUAAAGACAUUUACCUUACCUCGUCACCCCACAAGAAGAUAUAUGCUGACUGUGGACAUUGCAAAAACGCUGCAAUACCGGGAUACAUACAUUUUCUUUCUCAAAAACCCUCACAUCACCCGGAUCCAAGGUACUGAUGAAGACAAAAAAUUUCUAGAGGAAGCUGGCUUGCUACCAGGCCAAUUGCGACGUCGUCCGGUUUCAAUUGCGACAGCACGUAGUAUAUUUCGCGCUUUUGGGCAUAAAGCGAUCAAAAGAGGUCGGGCUAUUCGGGAUGAUUAUUGGGUUGGCGAUCAGGAGGAGCCUCCAGAAGAGCCGGAACCUGAACCAGAAGAACAACCUGUUAAACCCAAAGCAGAGCUUAAAACGCCCUCAACACGUGAGAGCACGGCACUUCGUCGUCAAGCCAGCAGACUUUCUGUUCAGGAACGUGAAGUUCUCCAUCGCUUUGCUUCUGGUUCACGGGUCGAAAUUCCCGCCUCGUUGAACGGAGAUGACCACCUCUACCGACGCGCUGCAUCUGCCGCAGACUUCAACCGACGGCUAAUUAUGCAGCGACCGCGAACGUUUUUAGACAGCCACACCAAUAUCGAGCAGAUUCCCAGCUUAACACAACCAACACAUAUAUCUGUACAGGUCAAACAAGGCACCUUACGGACGCCUCUCACAAUAGAACAGCAACUGCUUUCGAAAGAGGUCACAAGUGAUGGAUGGUGCAACUUGCCCAUACCAGAACUCGACGAAAAGUUUCCCAUUGCUGUGAUACCUGGUCAGUAUCAGGGCACUUUCUCCAUCUAUCAAAAACGGUUCGCACACGUGGAUCUAUCAGUUGGAGUGGGAAAUGACUUGCGGAUGCUUCCCGCAACCAUUGCAUCUAGCGAUGCAGCUUCCGGGGCUGAACAGACUUCCACUCCUCAGCUAUCCGGCAGGAUCAGACACCUGGAGCAUGUGUGCGGUGAGAUCACUAGAUCUGGUCUAGGAUGCAAAAGACCAGUCUACAAUGCAGGAGAGAAAUGCUUGUACCACGUCAAAGCGGCCGAACAGCCAAGUAGAAACCCCGACGCUUGCGUGCAUUGUCACAGCAUAAUGCCAAAGCAUCCAAUCAAAAAGGUCCUUCCCGUCGCGAUGCUCACAUGCGCUUCCUGCAAAACCAAACACCACCCUUCAUGCAUUGAUUUCGAUGACGCUGUUCUAAUCUGCAAGGCACAGACUUACAAGUGGCAUUGCAGCGACUGUAAGACCUGCGUUAUAUGCAACCAAGCAGGCGAUGAUGACAAGCUGUUGUUUUGCGAUACAUGUGAUAGAGGUUAUCACACCUACUGCCUCACGCCUCCAUUAGAUGGGGCACCAGAGGGCAACUGGCUGUGCGAACAGUGUGCUGUUUGCAUCUCGUGCAAAGCUCGACCGCCACCGCCAAUUAAAGGCCAGGCUUCUGCGGAAAUGAACUGGAAGCAUGCCAUCGUACCACCUGCGCGCCAUGAGUCAAGGACCUCCUAUGGCACAUACAUUUGCACAUACUGUGAGGAUUGCUAUGUUUCAUUCGAGCGGGAUAAGUUUUGUCCGUUAUGCAUGCAUGUCUAUUCAGAAGAUGAUGAUACCGAAAUGGCCUGUUGUGAUUCAUGCGACCGAUGGAUUCAUGUUGGAUGUGACCCGGAGCUCACUGAGAAGAGAUAUCAACAACUCGUGGAAGAACCUGAUGCAAAAUAUACUUGCGUCCUGUGCGAUGGUGACAAACUCGAAGCCUUGAUUAGAAAGAAGGAUGGUGGGCUGCAUAAGGUGGUGGAAUAUAAAGGGAAGACGCUGGUGGCUCCUCCGGUUGGUGAAAAAAAUGGUUGAAAGUCGGUGGGACAGAUGAAGCGACUUGGUGUGUAGAAACCGCUUUUAUUCUUUGGUUCCUCUGUUCUGUAGAUACUUCUGUCUGCUCAUUAUUAUGGGAAGUAAAGCAAUCAUGAUGAUCAUUUUGUCCAUGAGCGUGUUUCAUGCACGACAGUACGAAUGAGAUCGGAA